UUAUCAUUAUUUCAUACAACAAUCCAUUUUCGUCUCUUCAAUAGUAUCACAACAACCUGCAACUUUCUUUUUUCAAAAAAUAUGGCAGAAACAAUUGUCUCUGUUAUUGCUGAGAAACUUUUGAGCAAGUUGAUAUCCUUUACUUCCAAUCAAGUCUCCUUGGCAUGGGGUGUCAAGAAUGAUGUACAAGAGCUUGUUGACACUUUAAAUAUUAUCAAAGCUGUUCUCUUAGAUGCUGAGGAGAAACAAAUUCACAAUCAGAACUUGAGAGUUUGGUUGGGAAAGCUGAAAGAGGUUUGCUAUGAUGUAGAAGAUAUUUUAGAUGAUGUUGAGGUGGAAGAUCUACGUAAGCAAGUGGUGAAUCAUCAGAGCAUUACAAGAAAGGUGCGCCACUUUUUUUCAUCUUCAAAUCCAGUUGCUUUCCAUUUUAUAUUGGGGCAUAAAAUUAAGGAGAUUAAAAAGAGGUUAGCAAAAAUAAUAGCUGAUAAGAAUAAUUUUACUCUUUUUGAGAAAAUCGGUAGCAAUCAUGUUAUUAGUUGGGAGAGGGAAACACACUCUUUUGUGCAUGGUUCAGAUGUUAUUGGUAGAGAUAAAGAUAAAGAGAUGAUUAUUGACUUCUUAUUGCGUCCAAGUGAUGGUCAUGAAAAUCUUUCAGUCAUUCCUAUUGUUGGGAUAGGAGGUCUGGGAAAAACCACACUUGCAAGAUUUGUGUAUAAUGAUAAAAGGGUGAGUGAUCAUUUUGAGUUGAAAAUGUGGGUUUGUGUGUCGGAUGAAUUUUUUCUAAAAAAGCUUUUGAUUGACAUCAUCAAUUCUGCAAUUGAGGAAAAAUAUAUUCAGAAGAAUAUAGACCAAUUGCAAACAAUCCUACGUGAUAAUAUAAGAGAUAAAAAAUAUUUGUUAGUCUUGGAUGAUGUUUGGAAUGAAAACUUUGAGUUGUGGUGUGAUUUAAGAAAUUUACUAACGGAGUGUGUUAGUGGAAGUAAAAUCAUAGUAACUACACGUAGUGAUCGUGUUGCCUCUAUUAUGGGUACUACAUCUACAUACAAGUUAGAAGGUCUUGCUCUUGGUCAAUGUUGGUCGGUGUUUGUUAAAUAUGCAUUUAAAGAAGGUCAAGAAAAACAACAUCCCAACCUUAUAAAGAUUGGAAAAGAAAUUGUAACAAAAUGUAGAGGUGUUCCAUUAGCAGUUAGAGCCUUAGGAAGUCUUCUUUAUUCCUCAACUUAUGAACAAGAUUGGAUAAAUGUGAGGGAUAAUGAGAUAUGGAAGUUAGAUCAAAAGGAUAAUAACAUUUUACAUGCUCUAAAAAUAAGUUAUAAUCAUUUGUCACCUCCUUUGAAACAAUGUUUUGUCUAUUGUUCUAUAUUUCCAAAAGACUUCCAAUUUUAUAGCCAUGAUUUGAUUAACUUUUGGAUGGCCCAUGGACUUCUCCAAGCCCACAAUGAAAAUGAAGAUUUGGCAAAUAUUGGGAUGCAAUAUAUAAAAGAAUUAAUGUGGAGAUCUUUCUUUCAAGAUAUUAAAGAUUUACGAAAUGGUGUCUAUUCAUUUAAAAUACAUGAUCUGAUGCAUGAUGUUGCCACAUCAUUGUUCCAAAACGAGAGCUUAAUAGUGAAAGGGAGUAACCAAAUUAUUGCCAAAACUUCUUAUCGACAUUUAUUAUUUCCUCAUUUUGAUGCAAGUCAAGUAGAGGCUCCAAGCUUUUUAGCUAACCUGGGUAAUUUAAGAAGUAUUAUGUUUUCUACAUAUGUUGGGGAAAAUAUCACUAUUAGCCAAUCAUUUUUAGAAUUAAUUGUCUCAAGAUUUCAGUUUUUACGGAUAUUAUAUUUAUCCAAUUUAGGUAUUGAAGUAGUGCCUAAAAGAAUUGAUAAUCUGAAGCAUUUGAGAUAUUUGGAUCUAUCAUGUAACCAGAAAAUAAAAAAACUCUCAAGGUCUAUUUAUAAACUACAAAGUUUGCAAUUUUUAUCACUAUAUAAUUGUGAGAAACUAAAAGAGUUAAGUGGAGAUGUUAAAUACUUAACAAGUCUCAGAGUGUUAAUCUUAACCACAACGCAAAAGCAUCUACCAAAUAAUGGAAUUGGCUGCUUGAAUUCUCUUCGAUUUUUAAUUAUUUACAAUUGCAGCAAAUUAGAAUAUUUGUGUGAAGAUAUUGGUCGCUUGAGAGUCAUUCGAAGACUAUGCAUUUCUAAAUGUCCAAGUCUUAUCUCAUUACCACGUGGUGUAAGAAGCCUAAGCUCAUUAGAAGAUCUUCGUUUGAUAGAUUGUGAAAGGCUUAAUCUAGAUUUGAGCAUAGGAUCAGAUGAGCAACACAAUCAUGAAGAACUCAAUAGCACAGGCCCUCCCCUUCGAUUCCUUCUAAUUAAUAAUUUACCACAAUUGGUGCAAUUGCCGCAACGGCUUCUUCGGUGUUCGACAAACACUCUGCAAACCUUGCUUAUUAGUAAUUGUUCCAAGUUGAAGGCACUACCAGAGUCAAUGCAAAAACUUCAAGCUCUUGGGGUUUGGAAUUGUCCUGAAUUGUCAUCUCUACCCAAGGAUAUCAAUCAUCUCAUCGCUUUGAGAGAACUAAUAAUUGAAGACUGUCCUAAAUUGACGGAAACAUGCAAACCAGAAGCAGCUGAAGAUUGGCCCAAGAUUGUUCAUAUCCCGAAGAUUAAACUUGACGGAGAAAUUAUCAAGUCAACCGAAAAUUAGGGAAACUUGAAUCAAAUGUGUGAGUUUUUAAUCUCAUAAAUUCUUCAAUUUCCAUGAAUUAUGAACCCUAAUCCAACCAAUUGACAGGAGCAUUUAUUCAUUUUAGUUCUUCUAUGUAUUAAGCAUGGGUGUUCGAUCUAUUGCCUCAUGUUGUUUUCAGGACUCAGGGAGAUUAAGCCAAAUGGUGCAGUUAGUUAAGCAUAUCUUCCUCUAGAUUGAUUCAGAAUUUCGGUUUUUACAAAUAUAAUUCAGCGUUGACUGAUUGCAGGGUGUUGGUGUUUGAGAUGCAAAACAUCUUCGAUUUUUAUGGAUUCACAAGUACAGCAAUUUAGAAUAUUUGUGUGAAGAUAUUGGUUGCCUGAGAGCCCUUCAAAGACUUUGGAUUUUUGAAUGUCCAAGUUUAAUCUCAUUACCACAUGGUGUGAGAAACUUAAGCUCAUUAGAAAAACUUCGGUUGAAAGAUUGUGAAAGGCUUAAUCUAAAUUUGAGCACAGGAUCAGAUAAGCAAGACACAGAACCUCCUCUGCGAUUGAUUCAAAUUCACGAUUUACCACAACUGGUGAAAUUGCCGCAAUGGCUUCUUCAGUGUUCGACAAACACUUUGGGAUGACUAUUCAUUCAUGGCUGUCUAGAAUUGUCAUCUCUACCAGAGGAUAUGAAUCGUCUCAACUCUUUGAGGGAACUAAUAAUUAAAGGCUGCCCUAAACCGAGGGAAUGAUGCAAACCAGAAACAGGUGAAAAUUGGUCCACGAUUGCUCAUAUCCCAAACAUUUAACUUGACGGAGAGAUUAUCAAGUCAACCGAAAAUUAGCCUAAUUUGGAACACUAAUUCCACUGAAUGACGGGAGGGGUUAUUCAUUUUAGUUCUUCAAUGUAUUAAGCAUUGGUGUGGAAUCUAUUGUCUUCAUGUUUUUCAGGACGCAUGGAGAUUCAGUCGAAUGGGGCAGUUAGUAAAGCAUAUAUUCCUCUAUAAUUUGAUUCAGAAUAUCAUGUUUACAAUUAUAAUUCAGUCUUUACCAGUGAAUAUAACUUCUCAUGAUGUGAUUUGUUUAAAUAAAUGUUUGUGAAUGUACAGAGUUUCAUGUUUAUGUUUUAAUUGUUUUAUGGCAACACAUAUUUAUUCCAAUAAAGUUUCAGAUUUUGUUUCUAUUUAUGUUUCGAUUAUCACAGUUAUUUUUUUUCUUUUUAAUUUUCUCUUCAUCCUUGACGUUGUCAUCUCAAGAUUUGAAAUAUAAUUUUUGCAUAUUCAUCUUUCUUAGUAAGAUAUAUGAUAUUUAAAAUUCUUUGGUUAAAUUUUAGAGCCUUGCAGACCCUUGAACAUGAAAUUCUAAAAAAUAACUUGAAGUCAAACAUUGUUUUUAUUGUAUGUGUAGAUUAAAGAAAAAACCAGCUUAGGGAUCCAUAAUAUCUUAGUUUUAACAUCUGGGAUCCUAAAUUUUCUUAUUAAAAGGAGAAAAGAAAAAAAUAGUUGUUGAAAUUAUGUUCUGUGAAGGAUUAUAUUAUAGGGUGUUGAUAUUUGUGAUGCAAAACAAUGUCUUUAUGAUUGCCAGUAAUGUCCUUGGAUUGAGCUGUCUUUAGAGAAACUUGGCCUAUAAUAAGAGUGCUCCACACUGUAGGAUGCUUUUUUUUUUCCGGUGUUUGAUUUCUUUUCUACCAUUUGGUGUACUGAAAUAUUUCCUUUCUUAGCUGAUUCAUUCAAUACUGAUCAAUCUUCCUUUCCCUCUGGAUAUCUUAGAAAUGUUGUGAUCAAUCUUAGCAUGCCAUCUGACAUCGAAGAACAUAAAAGUUUACAGACAAUGGAUUUGGUUUUCAACUACUUAAUUGUCAAAUCCCAAGUGCUUUGUUCAGUGUUGAUACUCUUACUUGUUUCUUGGAAACAAUGGCCUAUCAGGAACCAUUCCUCAGCAAAGGGCUGUAUAUCUUAAAAACAUGGAUUUAUCUUUCAAUUAUUUCUCGAGUUAUGAUGUGAUGUACUACAUCCCUAGCAAGUAUACUCCAUACUUUGAAGUAUAAUUGAUCUUUGCAUUGGACUGAACAGGAAUCUAGUGGCCAGCGAUUUCAUGUUUUGACAGCUCAAAAAUCUGGCUCAACAAUGGGAUAUGCUGUGCUUUAACAAACAUAACUGGUAAUGUUCUCUGUGCUUGCCAGUAUUCUCCCUGGAUUGAAUUGUCUGCAGAGAAAUUUCCCCUGCAAUAAGAAUGCUCCACGUUAUUCAAGUUUCGCAAUCUAGUGUGGUGGUGAAGAAAUGAAAGUUGAUAGCAUAGUGUAUAAGGCUGAUAACAAUGAUACUGGUGGAGCUUCUUCUAAUCUACUUGAUGCAGAAAAAGGGGCAAUUAGUGAUGCUGAUUUGUUUUCUGAUCGACAAUCAACAGAUUCAACACACAUGUUCAAAAUAUUAGCUCACAAGUGACUAGCACUGCAGCCCCAAAGCUUUAUCAGUCUUGAAGGCAAUCCCCUGCAUCACUUUGAUAUUAUGAACUUAGUUUGGAGAAUAGACCUUACAAUGUGAGCUUGUCCUUUGUUGAGGCAACCCUUUUGGUAAUCGAGGCUCACAAACAUGGAUGAGUCUUGGAAGGCAUUUUUAUAUCUAUGUUCAGGGAACUCUUCAGUAAAUAAAAAUUUGGAUUAUCAAAAGAAGCAGGUGGAAAUAGGAAAGCAGUGACAAAGAAAUGUAAGAUAAGAAGAAAUAAUGAUGUUGCAAAAGGCAAGUGUCCAAGGGAUUUUUAAAAUAAUAACAGUCGAAGUCUCAGAAGUCAAGUUUGUUCGAGAGAUAUGAUUUAUGGUAAUAGAUCUACAACUGAAGGAUACGCAUUUGUUGGACGGGCGAUAUCUAUGAACCAACUUUCACUAGGAUCCUACCAAAGGAAAAGUCAGCUUGUUAAUGAAAUAGCUACCAUAUCUGCAGAGCAACAUCACAAUCUUCUUAUUAUCCGGUUGCUGCAUUCAGGGAACUUGACACCUCCAUGUAAAUUAGUAUCUUGAAAAACAAAGGCUUUGAUCAAGUAUCGUUUUGUAUGAAGAUGCUAAUUGAUGAUCAAUCUUAGUUUAAAAUUUCUAUUGUGCUUUUUUUUCUGCAA